AUGGAAAUGUAUUAUUGUUUCAGGCUGAAGAAUUAAACGCGAUUGUGGGAAAUGCAUUCCGUAUGGCUUACGCUGCCCAAUUGCAAAAACAACCAACUUUUCAAGAAGUUAUAGCGUCACAACUAGACCAAUACCAAACCGAAAAAGUAAAUUGGUCAAAGGGGCUAACACCCGGUUUAUUCAAAGAUAAACUGUCACCCCAUAACAGUACCCGGCAAUCUCCUGAGACAGAAAUGCAGUUGAACGGAAAUUCGGAAGGGUCCACGUUACGUCUGGGACCGCCGUCAACAAUUCCCGGACUCCGGCCGAGUCAUAAAUUCAAUGUCCUGGAUUUUCCCGACAAAAUCCAAUCGUCUCAUCCUAGUCCACCAAGCAGCGACGAGAGCAACUCGCCUACAGAACUAAACUCAUGUAAACGAAUGACUGAAAAACCUCCCCUCAUCAAAAGGAUAGCGAUGGGAUUAACGGGAAAUCAUCACCAACACGAAGUGGACGACGAUAGUUAUCCUUUGUUCAGUAGAAGUUCGCCAAAUAGCACGUCCAGCAGUACGCCAAAUAGUCCUCCAGCCAGCGGAAGGCAACAGUGUCCUUCAGGUUACGUCAAUGAUAACGGUACUAGUGUUAACAAUAGUCCGAAAAUAACAAUAUCCAGGACCAACAAUGACUUGGAAAAGAAUGACGACGAUGAAGAAGAUGAAGAAGAAACAGAAUUAUCGUCUACAACUCAGAAGAAUGUAACGGACAAUGGGCGUAUCGUAUUACACAAUUCACCGGCUUCGACUGAACAAGAGUUCAAGUCAAAAAGAAUAUCCCAAAUAAGUUCGAGUAGUUCCAGUUCAUGCCAGCAAAGCAGUACCGAAAACACUUCGAUCAGUUUCACCCCAACACCUCCCCCAUUGCCAGAACGAACCGAUUCCUUGUUUAAAGAAGAAGGAGAGCUUCGAUCAGCGCCGUGGUUUCAAGCGGGAAUUCCUAGGGAAAUCACGCUGGAGGUGUUAAGUCAAGAACCUGUGGGAGCCUUCAUGGUUAGAGAAAGUACCACGAAGCCAGGCUGUUACGCGUUGUCGUUGAGAGUUCCUAGAAAUUUUCAACCAUCUGGAAUUGCACACUAUCUUAUAAUUAGGACGAAUAAGGGCUUUAGAAUAAAGGGCUUUACAAAGGAAUUUUCUACGUUAACGUCAUUAAUAACGCACCAUUCUGUGAUGCAAGAACUUCUACCGUGUCCGUUGUCGUUAAGUCGUUAUAAUCCGAGUUUUGUAAAAUCGGAUUCGCGAAAGGACUUUGCGGAUAUUGACAUGGAUCCAGAUUACAACACUUUGGCCGACUUUCGAAAAAUGAUGGCGGAUUUAAAGUAGUAUAUUGAUGUAGUUUUUUGAUCGAUGGAAAGUGCUAGUCUCGACUGCUUUGUAUGGUGUUAAAAAUGUCGGCGCCGAAAAGACACAAAUAAGUGUUCCUUGUGAUAUUCCAGUGUUAAUUAUGUUAAUUAUUAUCAUGCAUUAUAAUAUAAAGUAUUACAUUUAUAACUUUGUACAGAAAAAGUUAUAUAAAACUGACAUUUUACAAUA